AUGUGCAUUUUGUAAUGUAAAUGUGCAUUUUUGUUUGUAAUAUUUUUCAUUUAUCAUCAUGGCCUUCCUCGGUGGUGGAGCCCUGGUUGAGAACUCAAAAGUUUCCCAUUUAUGGGGUGUUGAGGCCAGCUGAGCAAUGGAGCCUCGGGCCCCUGGCCCCUCACUUCAAUUGCUUGCUUAACCAGUUACUAGCUCUUUAAAUUCCAGAGCCCUGUGAGCUCAGACUUCCUGUCCUGCCCAAGUCCUCAAAUCUGCCAGCCAAUGAGGGCUGCCUCUGUUGGGGGGUAAGAUGAAAAGAAAAGAAUAGUUUGGAAUGCCCAAUCCUCCUCCCUGCAUUUUCCCCUACAUUCCACGCCUUCCCUCUGCUUAGAGGGGAGUAGCCAGAUGUUCCUCCCCUCAUAGACUCAUGGCAGAAGGCCCAGAGGUUUCUGAGGUUCCAGAUUGUGCAUGAGGCUGGAUUGGCCAGACUGACCCUCUGUUCCUGCCCCGCCAGUCUUCCUUCUGCUUUCAGAGUCUAUGGGAAGAGAUCAGAACAGGCCUGAAAGCCACCCUCACUGGACUGGAGGGAACCCAGCACCUUGGGGUCUAGACAAGGGUAUGAAAGAAAGCAGGUGACAUCUGUUCCUUCAAAAUGGACCUGCUGCUGGAUGAAGCUGCACCUUCUCAGAUGUGCUUGCAGAGGCUUCUCUGCUCCUAAGUCUGCAGAAACUCUGUCCCAGCCUUCGGGAAACUGUCUAGAACAGUCUCGUAACCUAGAUAUCAUUGUGAACAAACUCUGGAAUAGAACCAUGCAUACCAUGUAAUGCUGACCUGUGACUUUGUGCAGGGUACCAACGUUUCUUGAAUAUCUGCCACAUGCUGGGCUCUGGACCAGCAUGAGAGUUUCCAAGAUGGAUGAGACACAAUUCCUGCUCACAAGCCAGUUGAGGAGACAGGCACAUAACCAGUUCUACAGAAGAGUCAAAAUAUCACAACAGAGCUGGGUGAUGGUUCAAACAGGGAACCCUGGAAAGGGACAGCUAACCUCUCUGGGGGGAGGAGGAGAGGACACAGGCUUUUGGGAGGAGAUUAUGCCUGGAAUGAGUCUUAAGGAUUCUAAGGAGUUAGCCUGGAGGAGGAUUGCAGAAUUGUCUUGAGACUCCGGCGAGAGAAAUACCAGAGGCCUAAAGCUGCCUGAUGUGGACUGGGUUGCAAGCCUAAGUGUGUUGGAAGUGUGCAUGGUAUGAUCCUGGAGAGUCCUGUGAGUCAUUCCGAAGAACAUCUACAGGGCAGGGGGCCCAGAUUGUUUAUCUGGGGUGAAGUUCAGGAAGAAAGGAGGAUUUAAGACAGGAGAAUUGGGUGCAGGUAGGUGUUCAUAGUUCUCUAAAGGUGGUUGGAGGGCCUGAUCUAGAGGUUGGACAUGGUAGUCAGACUGCUGGAAUUGAGGUGCUAAAUCAGGUCAAAGCAUCGAGCCGUGCAGCCACCAGGGCCUGGGGCCAUGCUGCCCUCAUUCCAGAAACCUCCUUCAGCUCCUCUGAUGAGUCUUGCCCCAGCUCUGCAGAAAAGGGUCAGUCAGAGCCUUGGCAACCACUUUGGAAAAGUACUGACUCCUCGGUUAGGUCAAUGACCGAGAAGCAUCAAGAUCGUGGUUUACUAAAUAUGGAGAAGGACACUCAGCAAGCCACUGGGGGAGAGAGUCCUUAGUCCUCAGAGGCAGAUGGAGGACAGACUCUAUGCAUUUCUUGGGUUGUGUAAGUAUUUUCAUUUGCCUCUGAAGCAGUGGGGAUUAGGCAAGUGUGGUUUGGUGUCUCUGGAGAGGCGUGGAGAUAAAGAUGUAGGGAAGAUUCCUGGGACAUGGGUGAGUGGGGACCAGGCCUUGUCCUCACCAAGCUUUGUUUGGGGGUCCCUGAUCUGUGGUGACCCUGGAAGACAUCUUAUCUUGGAGAGCAGUAGCGUAUGUGUCAAAAGCCCCCUGCCUUCUUGACAAAGCCAAAUGAUUAGACCAUCAGAUAGUGACCAGUUUUGGAUGAACACCCCUGAGUGAUUACAGCCAAAUGAGCAUUUCCCCAGAGCAUUACAAACUCCUCUGAACUCCGUGUUCUUUAGGAAAGAAAAAUGAGACCUGACCAUUAAGUAGUCACACCCAUGUCCUCCGUGGCCUUGGACUUGCUGAGAAGGUAGCAUCAAGAAGUUUUCCAAAUACACGCUGCUCAGAGGGGGCACUUCUGGAAUAGGCAUGGGCUUUUAAAAUUUUUUUUAAGUUAUUAUUUAUUUAUUCAUGAGAGAUAUUUAUAGAGAGAGGCAGAGACACAGGCAGAGGGAGAAGCAGGCUCCAUUCAGGGAGCCCCAUGUGGGACUUGAUCCUGGGACUCCGGGGCUGAAGGCAGGUGCUCAACCGCUAAGCCACCCAGGUGUCCCAAGCAUGGUCUUGCUUUGGUGGGUGUGACUCAGUUUUUUUAGUUAAUCAUUUUAAAAUGUACAAUCGGUGGUAUUUAGUAUAUUCACAAUGUUGUGCAGCCAGCACCUCUGUCUAGUCCCACGAUUUCAUCCAUACCCUUGCCAGAUCCCAUAACCAUAAGCAGCCAUCCCUAAUCUCCCCUCUUCCCAGCAGCUGGCAACCACUAAUUAGCUUUCUGCCUCUGUGGGUCUACCUUUUCUAGAUAACUCACAUAAAUGGAGUCAUAAAAUAGGCAGUCUCUUGGGUCUGGCUUUUUUCAGUUACAUAAUGUUCUCAAGGUUCAUUCACAAUGUAGCCAUGGAUCUGUAGGUACUUCAUCCCUUGUUAUGGCCACACAAUGUUCCACUGCACGGAUAUACCAUGUUUUCUUUAUCCAUUCACGCACUGAUGGGCAUGUGGGUGUUUCCACCAGGUGUAACUUUUUAAAAAGUUAUGUUAUUUUUUUUAGACCCCAACUCAGUAGCCCUGAGAGCAACCUGUCCCUCUUUCUUCAGUGGCACAGCCUUGAGUGCAGACAGCUGCCCAGAGGAGAUGACAAGUACGGGCGGAAGAUCAUUGUGUUUAGUGCCUGCCGAAUGCCCCCGAGCCACCAGCUGGACCAUAGCAAGCUCCUGGGGUACCUGAAGCACACCCUGGACCAGUAUGUGGAGAGUGACUACACGCUGCUCUACCUGCACCAUGGCCUGACCAGCGACAACAAGCCCUCCCUCAGCUGGCUCCGGGACGCGUACCGCGAGUUUGACCGCAAGUACAAGAAGAAUAUUAAGGCCCUGUACAUUGUGCACCCCACCAUGUUCAUCAAGACCCUGCUCAUCCUCUUUAAGCCCAUCAUCAGCUUCAAGUUUGGGCAGAAGAUCUUCUAUGUGAAUUACCUGAGUGAGCUGAGUGAGCAUGUGAAGCUGGAGCAACUGGGGAUCCCUCGCCAAGUGCUCAAGUAUGAUGACUUCCUCAAGUCCACACAGAAGAGCCCUGCCACAGCCCCCAAGCCCAUGCCACCACGGCCCCCUCUGCCCAACCAGCAGUUCGGGGUCUCGUUGCAGCACCUCCAGGAGAAGAACCCAGAGCAGGAUCCGAUCCCACUCGUGCUCCGGGAGACCAUUGCCUACCUGCAGGCCCAUGCUCUCACCACUGAGGGGAUUUUCCGGAGGUCGGCCAACACUCAAGUUGUACGGGAAGUCCAGCAGAAGUACAACAUGGGGCUGCCGGUGGACUUCGACCAGUACAACGAUUUGCACCUGCCAGCAGUCAUCCUCAAGACCUUCCUCCGGGAGCUUCCUGAGCCCCUGCUCACCUUUGACCUCUACCCCCAUGUGGUGGGCUUCCUCAACAUUGAUGAGAGCCAGAGAGUGGAAGCAACACUGCAGGUGCUCCGGACGCUGCCUGAGGAGAACUACCAGGUGCUCCGUUUCCUCACUGCCUUCCUGGUGCAGAUUUCUGCCCACUCUGACCUGAACAAGAUGACCAACACUAACCUGGCUGUUGUCUUCGGCCCUAACCUGCUGUGGGCCAAGGAUGCUGCCAUCACCCUCAAGGCCAUUAAUCCCAUCAACACAUUCACCAAGUUCCUUCUGGAUCACCAAGGGGAAUUAUUCUGCAGCCCUGACUCCAGGGGGCUCUGAGUCCUGCCCUGCUGCCCCUUCUCUGAGAGCCCCGACUAGGACUCUUCCUCCUGGCCUCAGCCUUACAGGAGCCUGGGGCUCCCGCCCGGGAAGGGGCCAUGAGGCCCUGGGAGCUGGAAGCUGGGGCCAGCCGACUGGGCAGCUCUUCCUCCCCUUCUGUCCAGCCCACCUCGCCAGCCCUGGAAGCCUCGCUAUAACCACGGGACAUUUUUCUUGGCCUUAUAUUUCUCACUGCCUCCUUGGAUCCCUGGCUCCUUGCCAGGCUCUGCAGAGCUGGCCUUGGCUCUUCCAGCAGGAAAAAGACUGGCCCUAGCAACUGCUUACCCACUUUCUCCUGCCUCUCUUUUCCUGGCAACUACAGAUGCCUAAAUCACUGCCAGCUGGGCUGGUAGCUGGGGCUGGUCCUCCCCUUCCCGGCUGCUGGGGAAUAAGCAGCUGAGCUGAGCUGGCCAGGGCCGGCCCUGCAGAAGCACCCCCUUGCUUGGGUGAAGGCCUGUGUUCGUGCACCUGCAGCUGUCCUCCCCUCUAAUGGGUUAGCCUUGGGUGUUGACACAGCUAGGGACUGGCAAGGCCAGGGUCUGCUUCUUACAUCUGCCUCCUCUUCCACACGUCCUAGGUCAGCCCUUCUCAAGUGAUACAGCCCCCAGGGUGUUUCAGCCCCCUGGCUCUGCCAGAACUGGCAGCCAGGGUGAUACGGCUGAGUCCCAGCAUCCAUUUGGUAUUAGACACCCCAUUCCUACCCAGAGGCCCGUGUCUGGUUGGGCCAGUGACCAGCAGUCUCAGCUCCCCCUGCUUUGCCUUCCCUCCCUUCCCACGUGCACAGAUUCUCAGCUUAAACUCUUGUGGACAGGUCUGUUGUGGGGUCACACUGGUCUCUGCUCUGGCCAGAAGCAACUCAGUGCCUCAGGAUCUGUGGCUUCUUCUGCCAGCGAGGGACUCCUGGAGGGGCCGAAUGGAGACCUUACUAAUUCAAUCAACCCGCUGGGGUAGGGGACUAUGGGCCCCAGGGCCCUAUCGUCUCUCAGAAAACCCAGACCCUGAUGAUUGGUACUUCUCAUUCCAACUGUGUCUCUUAGAAUUACAUGCCUUCCUGGUGAACCCUGGGAACCCCACUUCCUGCAGCCUUGUCCCCUGGCAGCAGAGGGAAGGACCUGCUCAGUGGCCUUGCCCUCACAGCCUUGGCCAGAGCCUGUACUGUGCAGCCCUUAUUGACCAGACCAGCCCCAUCUGCGAGAUGGGUGCGGCCUGGGUCCUGACUCCUGAGCUGUCUCCCCAGGACAUUAGCUUUUCAGGACCCCGGGGGCCUGGAGUGGCUGCUGGUUCCCUGUCGGUCCCCGCCUCUGUAGCCCGAGCCUGGGUCUCUGCUUUCUGCCCUCCUUUGUAUACCAGGUGUUGCGCACAGCCCCAUUUACUGGGGAGCCUCGUGGAUCUAUUUGAUCUUUCUCGGGAGCCUCGUGGAUCUAUUUGAUCUUUCUCCUGUACCCUGUCCCACUGGUCUUGUACCCGGGGGAGGGGAGAGUACUGUGAAUCAAGUGUUCACAUUCACACUUAAUGACUUCCUUGGCACCAAUCAUGUAUUUCACCUUUGCACUUUUUGUAUUUCAAUAAAAAAAGGAGAUGGAAAAUUG